AUGUUAUUACCAGCUGACGAACUCGUUCGCCUACACUCGCUUGUUGGAAUUGGGAAACGUCCCAAUCAGCAUUACCUACCUUCCGGCUGUCGCGCUAUGCUACGAUUGAACUACAGCUUCAGUGAGCAGCUGCUGAAAAUCACUACUCUCCACGAUGAACAUCUAAACCAUGAAGUUUCUCCAGAAAUGUUCAGGAAAGUGUCGGCUAAGCUUAAAAGGUCGUCAUGUGGAGGAAUUGGGAAACGUCCCAAUCAGCACUACCUACCUUCCGGUUGUCGCGCUAUGCUACGAUUGAACUACAGCUUCAGUGAGCAGAUGUCCUUGACUCAACCGAAUGCUAUGGCAAAUGUAGCAAUUGCCCUGCAACAGCAGCAGAUCAUGGCAUCAUUGUUGAGUCAACAAAAGGAAAAUAUCAAUUUGGCUGCUGGCUUAUCGUCCAUAGGAAUUCCUAGACCACAACCGUCGAUGUUGAACAUUUUGAGUAUGAUGGGUUUGCAACAGCGGAUGUUACUACAACAGCAGCCCGCUUACGGUCUUGUAGCUCCGUUAACGCAACAGAUCGCAACGCCACCACAGGCGCAGUCUGUCACGACUUUGGAGGAGAAGCCGAAUGCCAAUGAUCUGGACAGACAGGUGGAUCAAAUUUUACUAGAUUUAUGCUCUUUUUUGAAGGCAAAGGGGUAGAG